CUGUCCCUAGAAACAGAAUGUCUCGGUUGCAGGGAAACUAUUUACUGCUGGCUCUACUGGCCUGGUUCGCACUGCUACCAAUGGUAAUGGGCUGGCCAGCCUAUGGAUAUCGUCCAGAUCGUAACGGUCGCAGCUACACGGAUAUAGCUCGCGUUAUUAAUCCCAAUCAAUAUGCUUUUGUGGGCAGUCGCAACUAUCCGGGACAGCCGUUUUGGCCAGCAGGAUAGCAGGAAGCAUUUUAAUCCAAAUUUAUUAUAUUUUAAUUUAAAUACCAUAAAAAUAAUUUUAAAAAUUUUGUUAGCUAUUUAACUCAUCUAAUUUAUGCUUGACGCACAAAAGUAUGCAACAAUUUUC